AUGGCCAGACAAAUUUACAAUAAGGAGGAGAUCCUGUGCUUUGACAGUGAUGUGGGGGUGUUUGUGGCUGUAACAGAGCUGAGGAUGUCAAGUGCCAAGAGCUGGAAUGCCCAGAAAGACCUUCUGGCUGAGUAUCGGGCCCAUGUAGACACCUUGUACGUCACCGUGUACCUCUACCACACGUGGGCAACCUCUUUACGUUUACAAGGUCCAGUCGUAGCACUAGUUUUAAAGGUGGGGGAGCUGAGAGCGGCCUUUCAUAUUGUACACACAGGCUUCUCCACAGGACCACGGAAUCUUCCCGUGGGGCGGUGGCAUUUCCAGUGGGUCACUUGUGGCCUAUUGAUCUGCAGGCUCUCUGUGAGCAGGAACACCGAGUGCCAGGCCGCUAACCAGUCCACCCUGGUCACCCGGAAGUCAAUCACCUUCCAGGGCAAUGAAGGCCUCUGCCUUGUCCUACAAGGUGGUGUCGCCAUGAGCUGGCAAUCAGGAGUCACAGAGGGCCCUGGUCUGCGCUGCUCGGCUGUCCAAGGCGUGGUUUAG